AAUCUACUGUUAGGAACAAGAAAGUGGACUGAGCAGACCAGUAAUUUGUAUGGCAGCUGUUCUGUUCCUGUAUGUCCCUUCCCCGCUUGCAGGGUAUGAUUUUAGUGGGGAGGGAGGCUAUAUUUCUUCUGGUUUUGUCUAUAUGCACCCUCAGGCAUGAUGAAUACCCAUCUCAGUCUCCCGAGUCUUUUAGAUAAGAUCCGCUAAGGUCAACAGCAAAGACAACGAAGUCAUCCAUUUUAUGGCAGAGUGGGCAGUACGACUCUCUUAAAAAUACAUAUUUCUAGUCCCAAAGAAGAAAAGCUACAAUAGCAAGAGCCCAAGUAGGUUAGGAAUCUGUAGGAGUUCCUAAAGGAAUUUGUGAGGACAAAAAUAAAACCCACAUCUCCAAACAAAAGCGAUGAACAAUUAAGUAGCUUAUGCUGCAGACAGCUUUCAGAUUUUAGUCUGAGAGUUAAUUUCACUUCUAGUUGCAGUAGUUAUUUUACCUUGAGACUACAAUGGUCCCUUUACUUUGGCAGAGGAAUAUGCAUUGUAAAUAAGGUAUUUUGUGGCAUGGUAUAACGGUUGAAUUGCUGGGAUAUGCUCUGACAACCUUACAGGAGGAAGAGACAAGAGUAGCAUCUAAUGAAGCAACAACAAAGAAACUGGAAGCUUUUUGAUGUUGUCUUUGGUUUCUUUCAAGUUCUGGAAGUAGCAGGGCAUUUGGUUGCUAACUGACCUGAAACUUGUGCUCCACCUUGGAAAGAUCUGCAGUGGGAGACAUUAACCUUCACAUACCCCACAGUUCUCUGCAUCAGAAGAAAGGGACUUCAUGUGCAAGAGUGGUUCAAGAUGAUGAUGUAACAUUGAUAACGCUGAAGGUCUCCUGAGAAUAACUGACUUUGUAAGAGGCUUCUCCCUCCCCCCUCCCUUUUUUUUUUAAAAAUUACUUCCUGUCUCAGAAACUACAAGCAAGAUGCCAGCCAAGACACCCAUCUACCUGAAAGCUGCUAACAAUAAGAAAGGGAAGAAAUUCAAACUAAGGGAUAUCUUGUCUCCUGAUAUGAUCAGUCCACCACUUGGAGAUUUUCGUCACACCAUACACAUUGGAAAAGAGGGACAACAUGAUGUUUUUGGAGACAUCUCCUUUUUGCAGGGCAACUAUGAGCUAUUGCCUGGAAAUGAAGGAGAAACCAGAGUUAGCCAGUCUGGUGGCCACAAUGAAUUCUUAAGGGCAAACAGCACUUCUGAAUCCAUGUUUACAGAAACUCCAUCACCAGUGCUCAAAAAUGCUAUUUCCCUUCCUGCCAUCGGGGGUUCUCAAGCCCUUACAUUGCCCUUAUUGUCACCAGUGACAUUUAAUUCAAAGCAAGAAUCCAUCAGGUCAUCGAGAAAUCCUAGGCUUAGCUGUGAACCAGUAAUAGAAGAAAAAUUGCAGGAGAAAAGUAAACAGAUGGAGGAUGGAGAAACAUACAAAGAUGACAUAUGGGAGCAAAACGGUGGUUCUUUGCAUUUUACUAAUGGUAGAGACAGUCACUCAUCCAGCUUUUCUGAACGAUGCACUGAUUGGCAAACAGUUGAUUUAUUUGAUGACAGUCAACUUUCAUGUGAACUAACCAAGACAAAGACUAAGUCAGAAGAAUCCCUUUCAGACCUUGCAGGCUCUCUUCUCUCAUUACAACUUGACUUGGGACCUUCACUUUUGGAUGAGGUCCUCAAUGUAAUGGACAAGAAUAAAUCUUAGAACUGGUACUCACUUGUUUCUUUAUAAGUGAUUCACUUAAACAAAAGCAAACAAAAAAACAUAGUUCAAAAGUAGAGACACUUAAAAAUCAGCUGUAUUUGCAGUUGUUUGACGGGUUUUCUAAAAAUAUUCUUAAAAUACUAUUUUUUUACCUAUUGUUUUUCAUGAUUUUUAUUACACUAAAUUCUCAUAGCAGGAAGGUAAAUUUUAAUAACUGUUUUCAGCAAAAAUAAAAUGUUUUUAAGUACCAGUAUUAAUGAUCAGAAAAUUAAGAAACAGUUUCAGGAUGAUACUGAUUGUGACCUUUGGUUAGUUCACUUCUAUGGGCUUCUGAAUAUAUGAGAAUGUCUAAGUGUCAGAAAGGAGACUGAUAUUAAUUAUUCACUUAUAAAUUAUUACAACAUCACUUUACAUGUAGGCCUCUCUCUAGAACCUUGUGUUUGAGGGUUUGAUAGUGUUAUUCUUCAUUUUCCAUAGUACCAUUUCUGUUAUGCCUUCACUGUAACUACUUUUGCAGUCUUAUACUACCGCUCUGUAUUCGGAUGUGAACAGUUUGAAGGCUUUUUCAGCUUGAACACCUGGUCCAGAGUCUCAGCUGCUUUAAAUGAGUAUGCACAAAUUUACACAAGUGGAGGCUUGGGCCUGACAUUGUAUAUGAAAUGAUAUGUUGUAAACAGGUGACACAUGCAAGAUAUUAUGGUUAAAUUAUUUUAAAAGUUGAAAUAUAUUUUUUGUGUGCAUAUUGGCUUUUUACUGCAGAGCCUACACAUACAGUAUGUCAUCAAAAUAGAUGCUUGGUAUUAUUGGUGCUCUUCUGAAAAUUGUAUAUUUGUGUGUUUGAAAAGAAAUAUGUAUUGAUACUCCUUGCUUUUUUUCUUCAUUUAUUGCCACACAUGCUUAAACUUGCAACCGAUUAUUUUAAUUUUUGAAGAAGGCACUGGUUAUUCACAAUGCUUGUGAUGUGUGCUGCAACAGCCAAUGCUUUGGGAAAUGUGGAUCCUUUAAUACAGUACCCUACAUGAAUUGCAUAGAUAUCUUGUGCAAUACAAUAAAAACCCUUUAAAUUGC